AUGAUGGCUCUAAGGAUCAAUUUGGGUCGCCCGAUCCGUUUGAUGUGUUGCAAGACUAUAUCGAAGCAUAACGUUGAUGUGCCGAGAGCCUUUGGUAGUGUUGUAUUGGCUCUGAGUGACGCGCAAAGAGCGCAUUGGGCGUCAUAUCUUGCAACUGGUCGUGGCUCGGUCGCUCUUUUUGCUUCCAUCGACAAGGACGAAGACAACCUCUUGAGCCCCUCCGACAUUCGAUCCUUUUUUGAUUCCAUCGAAGAUGAUACUUUGGCUUUAAAACCACGUCGUAUUUUGGACAAGCGCGCCGAAAAUCAUUAUGUGAAUCUCAAAGAAUUUCAAGAUUGGCUAAUUCAGGCCACUGAAGACGCUGGAUACGGUGGCAUUAAGGAAGAAUACGAAAA